UGGUUCGGCUGUCGACAGAGAUUGCGCGUUUCGGGCCUGAGUGGUGGGAGGGGCAAAUAAUUAUAAAAUGGUUUGCAACGGUCUUUUCCUCCAGCAUUCGUAAAACGUUCUUGUGAUAUUUUAGAGUAAGUGCAGCAAGUUCGCUGUACCUCUUUAACCAAUAAGUUUUUAUAUAUUUAUACAUUUAAACCAAAUCAAAUACUAACCAAUCAUGUGUGACGAAGAAGUUGCCGCAUUAGUCGUAGACAAUGGAUCCGGUAUGUGCAAAGCCGGAUUCGCCGGAGACGACGCUCCUCGUGCCGUCUUCCCCUCAAUCGUCGGUCGUCCCAGACAUCAAGGCGUCAUGGUCGGUAUGGGCCAAAAAGACUCGUACGUAGGCGAUGAAGCACAAAGCAAAAGAGGUAUCCUUACCCUAAAAUAUCCCAUUGAACACGGUAUUGUAACAAACUGGGACGAUAUGGAAAAAAUCUGGCACCACACCUUCUACAAUGAACUCCGUGUCGCACCCGAAGAACAUCCCGUACUUCUCACAGAAGCCCCUCUCAACCCCAAAGCCAACAGAGAAAAGAUGACCCAGAUCAUGUUUGAAACCUUCAACACACCCGCCAUGUACGUCGCUAUCCAGGCCGUACUUUCACUGUACGCUUCUGGUCGUACCACCGGUAUCGUCCUGGAUUCCGGAGACGGUGUUUCCCACACAGUACCUAUCUACGAGGGUUACGCCCUUCCCCACGCCAUCUUGCGUCUGGACUUGGCUGGUCGUGACUUGACUGAUUACCUCAUGAAAAUCCUCACCGAAAGGGGUUACUCCUUCACCACCACAGCCGAAAGAGAAAUUGUCCGUGACAUUAAGGAGAAACUCUGCUACGUUGCUUUGGACUUUGAACAAGAAAUGGCCACCGCCGCUAGCUCCAGCUCCUUGGAGAAGAGCUACGAAUUGCCCGACGGUCAGGUCAUCACCAUCGGAAACGAAAGGUUCCGUUGCCCAGAAGCCCUCUUCCAGCCUUCCUUCUUGGGUAUGGAAGCUUGCGGCAUCCACGAAACCACCUACAACUCCAUCAUGAAGUGCGACGUAGACAUCAGGAAAGACUUGUACGCCAACACCGUGCUCUCCGGAGGUACCACCAUGUACCCCGGUAUCGCCGACCGUAUGCAGAAGGAAAUCACCGCUUUAGCCCCAUCGACGAUGAAGAUCAAGAUCAUCGCGCCCCCAGAAAGGAAAUACUCCGUAUGGAUCGGAGGCUCCAUCCUCGCCUCACUCUCCACCUUCCAACAGAUGUGGAUCUCCAAACAAGAAUACGACGAAUCCGGCCCCUCCAUCGUACACAGGAAGUGUUUCUAAAUUUGUUUUUAUGUUUUAUAUUUAUUUUAUAUCGCUGCAUUCCUCAAUUCCUUCAUGCAUUCGUUGUACUAUAUUUUGAUAUAUAUGAGGUCGAUGUGCGGCAGACUGCCAUUUGAUUUGGAUAAAGAGACCGUACAUUCACUAGGCCAAAGUAUUACGACAUUUAAUGUUUAUCGAUAAUUUUUUUUGUAAGUUAUCACGUGUGCAGAAUAAGACUCCUUCAUUUAAUUAUUUUAUUAGGCUAAUAUAUGGGAAUAAUUAAUAAAAAAAAUGUAAAACUUUUUUAUU